GAGCCACUAAGCUGUCAGCUACAGCUUUGGCUGCGCUUUCUGUUCUUUGUCCUCCAUUACGAGUUCGAUUCUCAGCUCUGCUGUACGGCGCAGGCCCGAAGUAGCGCAGCCGCUCUGAGUUUACAGAAAGCUGCAUCAAUGGAGGACCACACAGUACAUCAGACGGAGCACAUGACAACCAUCGAGGCCCAUGCUGUGUCUCAACAGGUGCACGUCGCUACCUACACAGAGCACAGUAUGCUCAGUGCUGACGAGGACUCUCCUUCUUCACCCGAUGAUGACACAUAUGAUGACUCGGACAUCCUAAACUCAGCAGGAACUGAUGAGGUUACAGCACAUCUGGCUGCUGCAGGGCCAGUCGGCAUGGCAGCAGCAGCUGCUGUGGCAACAGGAAAAAAACGCAAAAGACCACACAUCUUUGAGUCAAACCCAUCAAUACGCAAAAGACAGCAGACACGCCUGCUCAGGAAGCUGAGAGCUACACUGGAUGAAUACACAACGAGAGUUGGCCAGCAGGCCAUUGUUCUUUGCAUAUCCCCAUCUAAGCCCAAUGCUGUGUUUAAGGUGUUUGGUGCAGCUCCACUUGAGAAUGUGGUCCGGAAGUAUAAGAGUAUGAUUCUGGAGGACCUGGAAAAUGCUCUGGCAGAACAUGCACCCCCUGGUGGUGGAGACCUGAGCUCUGAACUCCCUCCACUUACCAUUGACGGUAUCCCAGUGUCUGUGGACAAAAUGACACAGGCUCAGCUCCGAGCUUUCAUUCCUGAGAUGCUGAAGUACUCUACAGGUCGGGGGAAGCCAGGCUGGGGUAAAGAGAGUUGCAAGCCUGUCUGGUGGCCAGAGGACAUUCCCUGGGCCAAUGUACGAAGUGAUGUUCGCACUGAGGACCAGAAACAGAGGGUGUCAUGGACACAAGCCCUGAGGACGAUUGUUAAAAACUGCUACAAGCAGCACGGAAGAGAAGACCUACUUUAUGCCUUUGAAGACCAGCAGGUCACCCCACAACAGGUUGCUGCAGCAGCCACCCAUAAUAUUACACACCUGGUGCCCUCUCAAACUGUGGUGCAGACAAUCAGUAAUCCUGAUGGAACAGUCUCACUUAUACAGGUGGGAACUGGAGCAACUGUAGCCACACUUACUGAUGCGUCAGAACUACCAGGCACUGUUACAGUUGCUCAGGUCAAUUACUCUACAGUGACAGAUGGAGAGGUUGAGCAGAACUGGGCAGCACUACAGGGAGGUGAGAUGACCAUCCAAACCACACAGGCAUCUGAGGCCACGCAGGCAGUGGCUUCCUUAGCAGAGGCUGCUGUUGCUGCGUCUCAAGAAAUGCAGCCAGGGGCAACAGUUACUAUGGCACUGAACAGUGAAGCAGCCGCCCAUGCAGUGGCAACGUUGGCAGAGGCUACUCUUCAAGGAGGUGGGCAAAUUGUGUUGGCGGGAGAGACAGCAGCUGCAGUAGGAGCUCUUACUGGAGUGCAAGAUGCCAAUGGUUUAGUCCAGAUUCCAGUGAGUAUGUAUCAAACUGUAGUUACUAGUUUGGCACAAGGAAGUCGACCUGUUCAAGUUGCUAUGGCCCCUGUUGCGACGCGCAUUGACAACACUGUAACACUGGAUGGACAAGCUGUGGAAGUCGUGACCUUAGAGCAGUGAUACAUCAGCAAAUACAUGGAAUAGGAAGUUCUGCCUUUCCAUAAAAGAAAGUACCACUAAAACUGAACAAUAUUCACAUUAAAUAGUAUGUAUAGUGCAAAAAUUAUAUUUUUAACACCUGCAGGGGAUUAAAACAUAUAACAUUAUCAAAUUGUUGUUAACUUUGGAAAGAUGUUUUUUGUUUUGUUUUUAUUAUGUUGAUGAAUGUGUUGCAAAUUAUGCCUUUUUUUGUCUGCAUUUCUUGAAAUAGGAAAUAAAUGGACCAAAUUCAGUGUGACAGCAGCAGUAACUGAAUAAUGGCAUGUUUUUAUUCUUCAUUAGCCCCAAGUAGAGCUUUAAGGGGUUUUGUUGUUUGUUGUGUUUGUCAUUAGCUGUUUGAAUUUCUUUCAUGUACAUAUUCUUAUUUCUGAACAUUUUUUUUCUCCUGGUUCUACUUUUUUACGUCAUGAAGUUUGUGUGUAGUCAGUUUUCUACCAAUGAAAGCUCGUGAACUUGAGCUACCAGUUGGUGUAUUACAAACUAAAAUAUGGUAUGUCUCUGAAUUUGCCAACUCAGUAGGCAAUUGAGUGUAUAACAGUAACUUUCAGUUGUAAGUUAUUUAAAAACAUAAGUGAACCAAUAUUAAUUUUUCAGUUUGGUAUUAAAUCAUAUUCACAGUGUACUGUGAAAAUUUUAAUUAGGUAAAAUCUGACAUUGUGGGUGUUUUCAUUUCAUAUUUAUGUCUUGUUCAUUGUGGCAGCAGUUGUUAUGGUUUAAAGUGAUUGAAAGUUUUAUGUUGGCCCUGUUUGGAGUACACUCUGUCAUACAGUCCUUAACUCAUGCAUUUUAAUGAACUCAGAACUCAGAAAUGCUCAUUGUAGUUCAAGUAAAUAAAAUUUUGCACUACAUUUCCAUUUUAAAAUAUGCUUUUCAAAUUUUGGGGGUGGGAGUGAUCCCAUAUGUAUUUGUAUUCAGUCAAAUCCAUAUUUGCAGAAAGAAAUACCCCGUUUUAAAAAAUUUGAGUGUGAAGUUCUUGGUAUUCUUGGUAUAAUCUGAGGGACUGGCAUGUAGUCCACAUUAUUCGGUGGUCUAUGUUUACUUGGAAUUAAAACAUCUGUCCACAAAA